AUGAAUUUUCUAAAUGUAAUAAAGUCGGUUGCUGAAAAAGUUGGAGCGUAUGCUUUUGUGCCUAUUGUAGAGCAUGUAAGUUAUUUGAUAUUUUACGAAGGUAAUUUCAAGAAGUUAGAAGAUCAUGUUAAGGAACUUGAGGUUGCAAGAGAAAGAAUAUAUCAUUCGGUUGAAGAAGAAAGAAGGAACGGAAAAGAAAUUGAAACUGAUGCGCAAAACUGGCUGAAGAAGGUGAAUGAAGUCAUUGUAGACGCUAAUAAGCUUCAAGAAGAUCCUGGCCGUGAAAAUGUUGGGUGUUCUGAAUGGUUGUUCCCCAAUUUGUUUUUACGACAUCAACUUAGCUUGAAAGCAACAAAGAUGACAAAAGAUGUUGUUGAAGUACAUGGAAAAGCAAAGUUCGAUCGUGUUGGUUACCUUCCUCCCCUGGAUGGAGUUGGCUCCUCUUCUGGUACAAGUGGUUGUGAAAAGCUUGAGACAAGAGAGUCAAUUAAGGAGGGCAUUAUGAAGGCUUUGAGAGACCCUAAAGUAUGCAACAUUGGGGUAUAUGGGCUAGGCGGUAUGGGUAAAACCCAUUUGGUUAAGGAAGUUUCUCAAAUAGCUAAGCUAGACAAGUUGUUUGAUGCAAUAGUUAUGUCCAAUGUAUCCAAAGCCCCGGACCUCAAAACGAUUCAAGGGGAGAUUGCAGAUUUGUUAGGUCUACGAUUUGAUGAAGAGACUAUUGCUGGAAGAGCAUACCGCUUAAGGCGGAGAAUUAAAGCUGAGAGAUCUAUCCUUGUCGUUCUAGAUGAUAUCUGGAUGAGAUUAGAUUUGGAGAAAGUGGGAAUUCCAUCUAGGGGUGAACACAAUGCGUGCAAACUGCUGAUGACUUCCAGGAAUAAAGAUGUGUUGCUAGAAAUGAAUGCGGAAAAGGAUUUUAGAGUUGAAGUUUUGAGUGAAGCAGAAGCUUGGAGUUUGUUUGAAUUUAUGGCUGGAGAUGUAAUUAAAGAUAUCACUUUACACAAUGUAGCAACUCAAGUGGCCAAAAAAUGUGCAGGUUUUCCUAUUCGCCUGGUAACGGUAGCAGCGGGGUUGAAAAAUAAGGAUAUUUAUGAUUGGAAAGAUGCAUUAAGGCAAUUGGAAAGUGUUGAUGAUGCAGAGAUGGAAGCGAUAACUUAUUCUGCUUUGGAGAUAGGUUACAAAUUAUUGAAGAGCGAUGAAAUGCAGGCACUUUUCUUGCUUUUUGGUGUAAUGUAUGGAGAAAAAAUGGAGUACUUUCUGAAAGUUGCAAUGGGUUUGGACAUAUUCAAGCAUAUGAGUACUGUGGAAGAUGCGAGAAAUAGACUUUACAAAAUAAUUGGAUCCUUGAAGUCAUCUUGUCUGUUGCUUGAAGGUAAUACGCGGGAGCAGAUCCAAAUGCACGACCUUGUUCGUGAAGUAGCUAUCUCCAUAGCUUCAAGGGAUCAAUAUGUAUUUGUGAUGCAAUCGAAGAUCGAGUUGAAGGAAUGGCCAACAAAGAAUUUUCUAGAACGGUGCACACAGAUCAUCUUAGACCGAUGUCAUAUCCACGAUCUUCCUGAAAGGUUAGAUUGUCCUAAUGUGAAAUUUUUCUAUUUGUCUAGUGCUAAUCUUUCUUUGGAAACCCCAGAUACUAUUUUGGAGGGAAUGAGAAGCCUGAAAGUGUUAGAUUUAACAUGCUUGAACAUGUCUUCAUUACCCACUUCUUUUCGGUCCCUAACCAAACUUCAUACAUUGUGUUUGGAUCAAUGCAUUUUGGAAAAAAUGGACGAAAUAGCGGCUUUGAAAAAUUUAAAAAUUCUUAGGCUUUGCAAAUCUUCGAUGAUCAAAUUGCCAAGUGAAAUAGGGAAGUUGACGCAGCUUAGAAUUCUUGAUUUGAGCCAUUCUGGAAUUGAAUUCUUUCCACCCAACAUCAUAUCAAGCUUGACUAAAUUAGAGGAGUUAUCCAUGGGCAAUACCUCCAUUAAGUGGGAGGUUGAGAAUCCAACAAAGCAAAAUGAAAAUGCUAGCCUUGCUGAGCUUCGAGAAUUGUCUAACUUGACUGCUCUAGAAUUACAAAUUCGGGAGGCUUGGAUUUUGCCAAGGGACUUGACGUUUGAGAAGCUCGAAAGAUAUAAAAUAGUUAUAGGAGAUGUAUGGGAAUGGUUUGACAUUGAAGAUGUAACCUUGAAAACAUUAAAGCUCAAACUUCGUUCCAACAUACAUUUGGAGCAUGGGAUUAAAGCAUUGAUAAAAAGGGCUGAAAAUUUGUACUUGGAUGAAGUAGAUGGAAUUUCGAACGUGCUUUAUCAAUUGAAUGGGGAAGGAUUUCCAUUGUUGAAGUACCUCCACAUCCAAAAUAAUGCUAAAAUGAUGCACAUAGUUGACUCUAUGGGUAGGAAUCAAGUCCAAGUUUUGUUUCUCAACUUGGAAACACUAAUACUACACAAUCUUAAAAUCUUGGAGAAGAUAUGUAAUGGCCCACUUGCCGUUAAUUCUUUUAGCAAGCUUAGAGUCAUUAAAGUGAAAAAUUGUAUCCAAUUGGAAUAUCUUCUCUCCUUUUCAAUGAUUAAAGGACUAUCCCAACUUUUAGAGAUUGAAGUUUGUCAGUGCAAUUCUAUGAACAAGAUAGUGUAUAGAGAUUGCGAUGCAAGUGCAGAGAAAGAUACAAUUGAGUUUCUUUCGCUACGUUCUUUGACUUUACAACAUUUGCAGACACUUGAUAAUUUCUUGUCUUAUGAGUUGAUGUCCUCCAUAACCGAGCAUCAAUUGUCAGAGACUAGUGUUCCUGUACCGUUUUUUAGUUCUCAGGUUGGAUUUCCUAAUCUGGAUACCCUUAAGUUGAGCUCACUCAAUUUGAACAAAAUUUGGGAUGACGGUCAACCUUCUGUUUCCAAAUUGACAAACUUGAUUGUUGAGAAUUGUGGUGGGCUUAAGUACUUAUUCUCAUCCACCAUGGUUGGAAGUUUUAUUAACCUCAAACGGCUUGAAAUCAGUAAAUGCCAUUCGAUGGAUUGGAUAAUAGCCACUGAAGAGAGAAACAAUGGUACUGCUUCACUAAAUGAGGUGCGAUUCUCCAAAUUGGAGACAAUCAUAUUGAAGGACAUGGAAAACAUGAAGACAAUAUGGCACUGUCAAUUUGACACAGUGAAGGCGUUGCAAGUUAAAAACUGCAAGAAAAUUGUAGUGGUUUUUCCUUCUUCAAUCCAGGAAACAUACCAUAACUUAGAGACGUUAGAGGUUACUGAGUGUGCUUUAGUGGAAGACAUAUUUGAAUUGACUUUGAAUGAAAAGAGCAGUAUAGAGGAUGGAACACAACUGAAAAGCAUUACUUUAGAAGCAUUGCCAAAGCUGAAAAGGACAUGGAGCAGGGAUCCAGAAGGAAUUCUUCAUUUUCAUAAUCUAGAAAAUGUAUUUCUAAGAAGUUGUGAAAGCUUGGACUAUCUAUUUCCAUUUUCUGUUGCCACUCACUGCUCACUUCUCAAAGAACUUUCUAUAAAGGAGUGUGGGAACAUGAAGGAAAUUGUAGCAGAGAAGGAAGGAUCCAUGUGCACAACUCCCAUAUUUGAGUUUAAUGAACUAAAUACUCUAUUGCUUUGGAACUUAUACAAACUCAAGGGUUUCUACGCUGGAAAUUAUAUUUUAGCAUGUUCAUCUUUGAGAAAAAUAGAUGUUUUUAGGUGUGCAGAAUUGAAUUUAUACAAGACUCUAUCUACAAGUACUGAUGGAAGGUUUCUAGAUGGUAAACACCCUGAUACUCUGCGGCAGUCACUUUUCAGAGUUGAAGAGAUGAUUCCAAAUUUGGAGUGGUUGAGAAUAAGCUACAUGGACGCUAUCAAGAUACUGCAAGCAAAAAAAUUUGGUGCCCUCUUCACCAAAUUGACAUUUCUUGGGCUGACCGAUUGUAAGUAUGAAGAUGCUUCUUUUCCCGAUUGGUUUCUCCAAAAUGUGUGUACUCUUGAACAUCUAGUUGUUGAAUGGAGUUGCUACAAGAAGAUAUUCCUAGAUGAAAGACUAUUAAGUAAAAAACCUUACCCACGGCUCAAAAAGUUGACAUUGUCUCAAUUACCUAAACUUCAACAUCUCUGUGAAGAAGGAUCCCAAAUUGACCCAGUUCUUCAGAUUCUUGAAUUCUUAUUUGUUAAAGAAUGUCCUAGUUUGACAAACUUGUUACCUUCCUCUGUUACCUUUAGUCACUUGAUGUAUUUGGAGAUAAUGAAUUGCAAUGGAUUGAUAAGUUUAAUUACUUCUCCUACGGCGAGAAGUUUAGUCAAACUGGCAAUAUUGAAGGUAAAAGAGUGUAAUUCACUUGAAGAAAUAAUGAUAGGAAAGGGAGAAGAAUAUGACAUUGCAUUUAUUAGUUUGGAAAUAUUGAUGUUGGAAAGUUUGCCAAGUCUCAACAAAUUUUGCUCUAAUAAGUGCUUUUUGAGGUUUCCAUUAUUGGAGCAAGUAGUUGUGAAGGAAUGUCCUCGCUUGAAGAUUUUCUCCAUGGGAAACACAAGCACACCAAAUCUUCGAAAAGUGAAAGUAGCAGAAAAUGAAGAAGAAUGGAAUUGGAAUGGGAACUUAAAUGAUACAAUAAAGAAAAUGUUUGUAGAUAAGGUGGCAUUUUGUUGCUUCAUGAAUUUGAAACUAUCUGAAUAUUUAGAGCUGAAAGAGUUAUGGUGUGGUCAACUGCAUUGCAAUGCAUUCAACAAUUUGAAGUAUCUAGUGGUUCAAAAAUGUGAUUUUUUAUCUGAUGUACUCUUUCAUGCAAAUUUACUACAAGUAUUCAUGAACUUGGAAGAGCUAGACAUAAGUGUACUUCUUAAUGCAGAGUUGUUGACGCUGAAUAAUAAAGAUUUUGACAUCUUAUUGCAAUGUCAAUAUUCAGGAGAUCAAUUUCGCAAACUUAAAUCUAUUUGGGUGUCCCAAUUCACUGAUGAAGAAGCUCCUUUUCCGUAUUGGUUUCUAGAAAAUGUACCCAAUUUGGAAGAGCUAGGGGUUCAAUGGAGUUCUUUCAGAGAGAUAUUCCAAGAUGAACAACUUAAUGGUGAGGAAAGACAAAUCAAAAUUAGGACAAUGCCAAGAGAGUUGACAUUACAUAAACUACAUAAACUUAAACAUAUAUGCAAAGAAGGAUUCCAAAUUGACCCCAUUCUUCAAUGUCUUGAAAGCAUACAUGUUUCUGAAUGUUCCAGUCUGAUAAAUUUGGUGCCUUCCUCUGUUGCUUUUAAUUACUUGACUAAUUUGGAGAUCACAAACUGCAUUGGGCUGAUAAAUUUGAUAUCAUGCUCAACAACAAAGAGUCUGGUGAACCUGGAAACAAUGAAGAUAAAAUGGUGCGAUUUAUUAGAGGAUGUAGUGAGUGGAAAAGAAGAUGAGACAAACAAUGAGAUUGCAUUUUUCAAAUUGCAAACUCUGGAACUUAUUUGUUUACCAAGGCUCUGUAGGUUCAGCUCAUGUAAGUACAUCAUUAAGUUUUCACUGUUGGAAGAAGUUGUGGUAAAAGAAUGCCCUCAAAUGGAAGUUUUUUCUUUGGGGGACACGAGCACACCGAAUCUUCAAGGAGUACAAAUAGAAGAAAAUAAUGAAGAAUCAAGCUGGGAGGGUGACCUGAAUGAAACAAUAAAGAAAAUGUUUGAAGAUAAGGUUGCAUUUUGUAGUUUUAAGCAUUUGAAGCUAUCUGAAUAUCCUGAGCUAAAAGAAUUAUGGUAUGGCCAACUUCAGUGCAAUGUAUUCAGCAAAUUAAGACAUCUAGUGGUUCAUAAAUGUGACUUUUUAUCUAAAGUACUCUUCCAGCUGAAUUUACUAGAAGUUCUUAAGAACUUGGAAGAACUAGAUGUAAGAGAAUGUGAUUCAUUAGAAGCAGUGUUUGAUGUGAAAGGUAAAUCUGAAACAGAUGUUCGAGUGACGAAUUCUAUUCAGUUAAAAAAACUAAAAUUAUCUACUCUUCCGAAGCUGAAGCACGUGUGGAAGGAAGAAGACCCACAUGGAACUCUGACUUUUCAGAAUCUAUGUGAAAUAUCUGUUACUAAAUGUAAAAUCUUAACAAGUCUUUUUCCACUCUCGAUAGCUAGAGAGAUGAUAAAUCUUCAAGAUCUUGAAGUACGUGCAUGUGGGGUUGAAGAAAUUGUUGCCAAGGAAGGAGGAACAGAGGAGAUAAUUAACUUUGAGUUUCCUCAUUUGACAUCACUUGACCUUUCACAUUUGCCUAAUCUGAAGGCAUUCUUUAAUGGGAUCCAUUCUCUUCAAUGUAAAUCCUUGAAAGCAAUAAAAGUGUUCAAUUGUAAAAAAUUGGAGCUAUUUAAGACACAGCCUAUGAGCUAUGAAGAAAGAGCUGGAGAUGACAAACUCCAUGUCUCAUCUAAUCAACCUUUCUUCACAAUUGAACAGCUCUACUAUAUCAGUGUGUACACAGCUGCUCUGACGGAACUAACAUCUGAGAUUUUGGAGCUAAUGGCAGAAGAUAUCCAACAAGGAGCAAUUAAAAAGAAUGUGAUAUGCAGAUAUACACGCAUUGAUGGUAAAUCCAGGGAUAUUGUUUAUGAAGGUAUUGAUUUGAUAUGUAAUGAAUAUAGGAAGUAUGGUCAUAGAGAUGCGGCUUGUCCUCUCAAGAAGCCAGCUCCUGUGAAAGCUGCCACAGAUCAUGGGCCUGUCAGAGUGGCUGAGAAUUCCUUUGCAGUGCUGAAGAAGGUUGUAGAGGAGUUAGAUUUGAGUGAUGAAGGUGGUGGAGGAGGUUUGAUCCCCUUUUUCAGGCUCCUCUUUUGUGCCUGA